AUGAACCAGGACGAUCGUCCCCCUUCAAACACCUAAGAGCAUUAGUAUCGCGAUUAAUAUUUCAUCUCGAACAUACUCCUUUCGGGAUUGCUGCCUUUUCAACGUUGUGUGGCUCAUUGUCGUUGCGCUGGAUCUUUCGUGUGAGAAGAUGUGUGUGGAGAGCGACGGGUGCGAGAUUGAGGGCUGCAGCAGCUCGGACGAAGUGCACACGCUGUCAGGCAGCAUGAGCCCCGGCUUGAAAUCAAACCCCGAUCUCCACCCGUGCAAACCCGGGCAGAAAUUCCGCGCUGCGCUCCUGAGAUGCAGGUCCCCGACAGCCGCCGCUGGGAUUCUCAGUUUUGGAAAUGUGCUUAAUUACAUGGACAGAUACACCGUGGCAGGUGUUCUGCUGGACAUUCAGAAGCACUACAGUGUCACGGACAGUCAGGCCGGCUUGUUGCAAACAGUCUUCAUCUGCAGCUUCAUGGUGGCGGCGCCCAUCUUCGGUUACCUUGGCGACCGCUUCAACAGAAAGAUCAUCCUGAGCUGUGGCAUCUUUUUUUGGUCAACUGUAACUUUCUCCAGCUCCUUCAUCACCAAAGAGUAUUACUGGCUGUUUGUCCUGUCGAGGGGUCUGGUUGGAAUUGGGGAAUCGAGCUACUCCUCCAUCUCUCCCACCAUCAUCGGCGAUCUAUUCACCAACAACACGCGGACCAUGAUGCUCUCUGUCUUCUACUUUGCUAUUCCCCUGGGCAGUGGGCUGGGCUACAUCCUGGGCUCCAGCGCGAAGGAGGCAGCGGGUGACUGGCACUGGGCACUGCGGGUGUCCCCAGUCCUGGGGAUAACAGCAGGGACCCUGAUCCUGUUCUUCGUACCCGAGCCCAAACGGGGUAGCGCGGACCAAAUUGGAGGGCACCUCAAGACUCGCACUCCCUGGGUCUGUGACAUGAAAGCACUGGCCAAAAACCGCAGUUACAUAUUCUCGUCCCUGGCCUCUUCGGCGGUUUCCUUCGCCACCGGUGCUUUCGGCAUGUGGAUCCCACAGUACCUGUUCAGGGCACAGGUGGUGCAGAAGAUGGUGGAGCCCUGCAAAAAUGAACCCUGCAGCAGCAAGGACAGCCUUAUUUUUGGGGCCAUCACCUGUGUGACGGGGCUCCUGGGUGUGCUGAUCGGCGCGGCCACCACCCGGCUGUGCCGGCAAAAGACAGAGAGGGCGGACCCCCUGGUGUGCGCCGUCAGCAUGCUGGGGUCGGCCAUCUUCAUCUGCCUCAUCUUCGUCGUGGCCAAGAAGAGCAUUGUGGGAGCUUACAUCUGCAUUUUCAUCGGAGAGACACUCCUCUUCUUAAACUGGGCUAUUACAGCUGACAUUUUAAUGUAUGUAGUCAUCCCCACACGAAGAGCCACUGCUGUCGCCUUUCAGGGCUUCACGUCUCAUCUUUUGGGGGAUGCUGGGAGCCCUUACCUGAUUGGCCUGAUCUCGGACGCCCUGCAGCGGAGCUACGCACACUCGGUCCUGUGGCAGUUCCUGAGCCUGGGCUAUGCCCUCAUGGUCUGCCCCUUCGUCAUCGUACUGGGGGGGAUGUUCUUCCUCGCCACCGCCCUCUUCUUCCUGGACGACCGAGACAAAGCAGCCAAACAGAUGAAUCAGCUGACCAGGUCACCAUCCUCUGUCAAGGUCUCAACGUGAGGAGGCCAGGGGGAGGAGCAGGAGAGCCAUUUACCGGACUGCUCCGCACGUAGGGAGGGACAGAAGAGGAGCUGACUCCAUCUUAGAUGGAGAUCUUUCACCUGAGUUAUCAUUGCUACUACUAUUACUAUGUUCGCCAUUGUUAUUUACACUCUGAGGACUGCUCGUAACUGGAAUGAAGGAGCACUGCUUAUCCAAAGAAGCCUGCAUUAUAUCAGUAAGCAGUGUGCAAACAAGGUCUGAUAUGUGAAGCCAGCCAAGCAGCUAUCGGAGGCUGGUGGUGCCACAGGCCAUUAGACGUGUCAGGUGACCCCCCCACCCACCCCACACACACACACAUACACACACACACACACAUACACACAUACACACACACAGUGCCAGUGCCAUACUACUGAAGGACGUACAAGGACGUCCUAACGUCUGUCAAUCUGCACCAAGUGCCAUAUCACGACAUUCCCUCACCUGUCUUGCACUGACCCCAGUGGCCAAGGCAGUGACCCCUCAAUCACCCUGAACACUGACAGUCUGGUGACCCAGCCUUAAGACUCUGAGCCUCACAUACCCGCAGAGGUGGAUAUGCCCUGUUGGUUUUGUUUUCUAUGUCAUCAUCUUUAGCACUUAACAUACAGACCAGUGCCAGCCUCGACACACAGUAAAUUAUCCAUGAUAAAGCAUAUUCACCGUCCAAUGGAAUAGAUUUUUGUAUUUCUUAUUUUGACUAUGUUGGAACUGGAACUGGAACUGGAGGUGUAUAACCUAUGAUUGUUUCAAAGAGGGUAGGUUGAAGAUUGUCCCUGCAUCACAUUAAGGACACUAGAGGAUAUGACAACAGCAGGGCUAAUGCAUUGCUUUGCCAAAGUCAGCUGCCAUUUUGAUUUACCUGUAGCUCCAUGUACUACCUUUCAAAAACUGUCCAACGGCAACAUUUGGCAAAUUAUACACACCUCGCAAUAACAAGCCCUUCCUCUGACUCACAGGGCUUUGGAUGCCCCUCACAUGUUUCUCAUGCUGCUCCUCUUGUCACAAAACAUGCUGGGAUUUUUAAUGGAUUUGUGUAGCCUACCAUCCAAGAUCUUAUCCGUCUACAGUAUGUGCAAUUUAAGGAUCAAUUACAGACUUCCUUGGGUUGAAUUCCUGGACACCCAAACCGCUGAGAAAUGACAGCCUCACUGAAUAGCAGAUAAGAUUCAGAAUGCAAGCUAGACAGAAUAGGAAGCUUUGAGCGCAGGGUUUUUUCCUCUCUACUCUUGAAGAUAUCUUAUUCCUGAGCACAAAAAUGUGCUUUCUCCCGGUAGGAGUUUCUUCAUUCAGUUGCAAGUUAAUUAGUCUUAGAAAUCUAGCCCCAAGGGAAUUGUCUUGAGAGCUGCCAUCUUGACCCCCAAAUUAAACAGGAUACACUGCAGUUUGGAGUUUGUUUUUUUCGGUCCAGCUUUGUGUUAAAUCCCAAAGAAAACUAGCGACGCAGGACCCGAGUUCCUCUAAGAUGACACCACUUGACAAAAUCAUUUACUUUAAUACAGGGAGGAUUGAGUGCACAACACCCGCUGCUUGCCUAAUCAACAAAAGGAAAGUGGAUCUGUGCCAUUAACACAAGUGCUUUGCUUUGCCGAAGAUGUCCCUGGGGGAUGUAGAACAAGGGAAGGGGCCAGCGGGGACGCUAGGCUCAGAUUAUUGCCCCAUGGAAAUGUCUGCCUUUACACUUAAAGUAGCACACUCCUCGCCAGGAGUUCCUGUUUCAGUUUUUUUUUUCCACAAUGAAAAAGGCGUGUAUAUCCUAGCAAAGGCAUUACACUAAACACAGCUUGGGGUUUUAGAUGAAAACUGGGAAUAAGAAUCAAGUUGCCAUGCGGCCUCACCGUUGCCAAGGUCCCGUUUACUUUGUUUAGCUUGUUUACUUUGUCUUUCUGCACAUCUGGUGAAGAGGCAUCUGAAAUAUUUUGACGUGCUUCUGUCCAAUGUGUUUACACAGGAAAUUAAUGUUAUAAAGCUUCUGUUUAUGAUUCUUUAAUGUUUCUUUUUUUUUACAGAUAUGAGUUUAUAUAUAUAAUUACUAUAGAGUUAUAUGGAUAUAUCAUGCAGCAAUUUUAAUAUAUUGUAAACAAAAGCUUGGACACAGUGUAGGCUAUUUAUAUGUUUGUUAUCACAAUGAAGAAUCCCUGUAAAGGAAUGUUAAUGGAUUUAUGUAUAUUUUCACCUGUUGUUUGGGUUUUAAUUGUUCCUGUAAGUCCACUCAUUGUAUUGUAUCACCGUGAAAAUGACUUAGUACCUUUUAAAUUACACAUAAUCGCAAUGCAUUUACUGUGGUCACAUGCCAGACGUCCAUACACACGCACAGAGGGACGUAGUGUACUGAAGUAGAGCUAUCACUGGUGAUGGUCUGGAGCUGCUGAUUAGCCUGGGCCUUUAUGUCAGUGGGUGUCUGGGUUCAGACAUGCAACAUUUUAUGCUUAGUUUUCUGGCAAUUACUUUGCACCUGUCCAUGCAAUGUAGACACUGAAAUGUUUUUAGUGUCCUACUGGAAAUUGAGAAAAAAAAAUCUAAUUAUAUAAAUACAUUUUAAAUACAUACAUUUUAAUUUCAUCAGGCCUUGAGGCUUCAGCGAUUCGGUUUACAAAAGGAAUACCCCUUUCAAAGCCCACGCUUAGAUGCUGGCAUGUCUGCAGUGCUCACUUCAGCAGCACACACAGAAAACUGGAUAAUGGCAUUUCACGCCCACAGUAAUUGCUCAUUUUGUUUGAUCAUUUAAUUGAUCAUUUUUUUAAUCCUUCCUCUUGGAUUGAGAUGGUUUGGAGUGGAUAAGCCACAAGCUGGGUUCACAAUGCCAAAAUCAGAUCUUUCACUAUUUUAAAUUUAUUUUUUUUCUUGAAUAUAUAUAAUUACUAUUGAGUAGCACCUGUUCAUCACAGAAGGGAUGUGAUCUAAUGAGACUGUGCUCUUUCUUGUCAUACAAGAAUCAUGUAAAAAGAGAUUCCUAUUUCUGAUGUCACGCAGAAAACAGAGGUUAUUUUAUUUUUUAGAUCGAGUGUGAUUAAAAAUGUUAUCUAGGAAGUAACUGUGACAUUCCCACAGGGAGUGAUAAGAAAUGUACACCU